AUGCACCUGAUCGCCGAGAGAGACGGCGGAACAUCUCAGGACGUGAUCUGGGACUGGCAUCUGCAUAAUCAGCAAUUCAGCCUUUGGGAGCACUCAAACCCCCAAUCCUCCAAGCUUUACGACUUCCUCCAAAUAGUAAACAACAAGCACAACAAGAACUUCUCGACUUACGACGAGCUCUAUCAAUGGAGCAUAACAGACGUUUCUGCCUCGUGGCAGGAGAUCUGGGACUAUGUCGGAAUUCGGACUUCGCAAGCCCAUACCAAAGUCAUCUCAGAUGAGAAGACAAUGUACCCGAGGCCUUCGUGGUUUUCAGGAGCGAAGUUGAAUUUUGCUGAGAACCUGCUGUACCCUCUACCAGAGGUUGACGAGAAUACUCUGGCUGUGAUCGCGGCGACCGAGACGAGGAGGGAAGAAGUGACUUGGAAAGAGCUUCGAGAAAGAGUACGGCAAUGCCAGAGUGGUAUGCGGGCAGUUGGGCUCAAGAACGGGGAUCGAGUGGGAGGCUACGUCGCAAAUCAUACCAAUGCGCUCGUUGCAAGUCUAGCGGCAAUCUCAUUGGGUGCAAUUUGGACUGCGGUGAGCCCAGACACAGGCGUCAGUGCUGUGCUGGAUCGUAUGGUACAGAUUGAGCCCACGCUACUGGUGACGGAUAAUGCUGUAAUGUAUAACGGGAAGACACACCCAGUAUUGCCGAAGGUCAAGGAUAUCAUGGACGGGCUGCCCACGCUGAAAGGCGUUGUUGUCUUCGACACCGUACCAAGCAUGGGCUCUGAGAUCGAAGGACUUGGGGCAGAGCAAAAGCAGAAGUUGUACACCUACGAAAAGUUCACCAGUCAGCAGUCCAAUUCCCAGAGUCUUCAUUUCGAGCAACUAGAUCCGGACGUCCCUGUCUACAUCUUAUAUUCCUCAGGCACAACGGGUGCACCGAAGUGUAUCGUUCAUGGCGCAAUCGGAACCCUUCUUCAGCACAAGAAGGAGCAUAUCUUGCAAUCGGAUAUUCGAGUUGGAGACAAACUUUUCUACUUCACAACAUGUACCUGGAUGAUGUGGCAUUGGCUUGUCUCUGGCCUCGCAUCUGGCGCAACGUUAGUACUCUACGAUGGCUCACCUUUCCAGUAUAUAGACGCAGCUGGCGAGAGUACGAAAGACGAUCUCGCAAUGCCAAAGCUGAUAGAUGAAUUGGGCAUAGCACAGUUUGGCACCAGCGCAAAGUUCUUGUCUAUCUUAGAGCAACGAAACAUCUUCCCGAAAGAAGCAGGUCUAACGCUCAAGACGCUCAAGGCAAUCUACAGCACGGGAUCACCUUUAGCACCUUCGACUUUCCAAUACGUCUACAAAGCCUUUGGUGCAGUCAAUCUCGGUUCGAUCACGGGCGGUACAGACAUCAUCUCACUCUUCGGUGCACCUUGUCCUCUUCAUCCAGUAUAUACAGGCGAGAUCCAGGUUCUUGGGCUCGGAAUGGCAUGUCAAGCAUGGGACUAUAGUGGCAAAGACAUCUCAAAGACAGGCGAGCCUGGUGACCUAGUCUGCGUUCGCCCAUUCCCUUGCCAGCCUGUCAUGUUCUGGGGCAAAGAAGGCGAGCAGAAGUACAAAGCGUCGUACUUCGAGGAGUUCCCAGGUGUCUGGCAUCAUGGGGAUUUCAUUCGAUUUAACCCGGAGACCGGUGGUCUGAUCAUGCUUGGGCGAUCCGAUGGUGUGCUGAAGCCCAGUGGUGUCCGCUUUGGCUCCGCAGAGCUCUACAACGUCAUCCUGAAACACUUCCCAGACCAAGUCGAAGAUGCUCUUGCGGUCGGUCGAAGGCGAGAACAAGACGAUGACGAGACUGUGGUCCUGUUCUUGAAGCUCAAGCAGCCGGGCACUUUGAGUGAGGAUUUGGUGAAGAACAUCAAAUCUACGAUUCGGAAGGAGCUGUCAGCUAGACAUGUGCCUGGCAUUGUGGAUGAGUGUCCAGAUAUUCCUGUCACGACAAACGGUAAGAAGAUUGAGAAGUCGGUAAAGCAGAUCCUCUGCGGAUUGAACAUCAAGACCAGUACCAGCGUGGCGAACCCAGACAGCUUGGAGUUUUACAAGCAGUGGUCGGAGAAGCAUUGA